AAUUUCAUAAAACACUCUUCUUUACAUCUUCUCUGUGACCUUACCACACAACCUACUGCAGCUCGAGGAAAUCAACUACCUCUUGAAUAUUCCAUGGCCAUGGCAACUCAAGCAGCUCUUUUUACCCCAACUCUUUCCACCUCAAAAUCAAACAAUUUAGCAUGGAAACAAUCCUCAACUGUGUCAUUCGCUAGCCCUAAACCAUUCAACUUUGCUGCGCCACAGCGUUCCAUCAAGGCCUCAGCUGCUGAAGGAAAGGCAGAAGCUCCAGCGAAAGAAGCCCCAGCAGGUUUCACCCCACCAGAAUUGGACCCAAACACACCAUCUCCGAUCUUCGGAGGUAGUACUGGUGGAUUGUUACGUAAAGCUCAAGUAGAGGAGUUCUACGUGAUCACUUGGGAUUCUCCUAAAGAGCAAGUAUUUGAAAUGCCAACUGGAGGUGCAGCUAUCAUGAGACAAGGACCUAACUUGCUCAAGUUGGCUAGGAAAGAACAGUGUUUAGCUCUUGGAACUAGAUUGAGAUCUAAGUACAAGAUCAAGUACCAAUUUUACAGGGUUUUCCCUAAUGGUGAAGUUCAAUAUCUUCAUCCUAAAGAUGGUGUGUACCCAGAGAAGGUGAACCCAGGACGUCAAGGAGUCGGACAAAACUUCAGGUCUAUCGGAAAGAAUGUCAGCCCUAUUGAAGUUAAGUUCACUGGAAAACAAGCUUAUGAUUUGUGAUGAGAUAACUUUUUAUGUGUUUUGUGUGAUUAUGUAAUGAAAUUAUUGUUUGAACUUAAUUUGUAUUUUUAUGUUCUAAAGCUACCAUUAAACAUGUGGAUUACUGUAUAAUUUCGAUUCAACUGGAUAGUCUUAAUCUUCUUAA